UCUUCUUAUCAAACGAAAACAGAUGUUUGGGGUCGUCUUGUGAUGCGUGUGUCGUCUGCUUCCUCCGGCUUCUGCUACCAGCUGCAAAUACUGUACACUGCUUAUUGGCAGUGUCAACCGUCGCAAACAACAAAGUCAACUAACCUAACUCUUGACGGCUAGCGAAUACAAACAUACACCCCUUUUCUUCUCAAGCAACCAAAACAUUGUUGAUAUUGACAUGGCCUACUCAUUUCGUCAGAAUCUAUUUGAGGUGGAUGGACUUGCACUAUGCUUCGAUGUUUCAAGUUGUUACGAUGCUGAGGAAUUAGAGUCAAUAAUUGAGUUUGGCGGUGGUAGAACUGACAAGAGGGGAGGCCAGUACACGAUUUCAUUUCAUACAAGAAACUCUCAAAUUGUCACCAGUUUUAAUCCACCUCGUGAUUUGUACUGCUCUGAUUUUAUACUCAAAUGUUGCAUCAUGAAUACAAUCUUGCCGCUGAAGAAAUACUUGCUGCAAGAUUCUAUGUUUAUCAGUGAUUUUGAACCAAAUGAUGUUCUUCUUCAGAAAUUGACUUGGAAAGAUGCUCAACGCCUGUAUGCACUCCAAAAUAUUGCUGAAGUCAAAGUAGGGUGUGUCAAAAUAAAUGGCAAGGUUCCAAUUGUUAAAUUGGAGAACUUGAAUGGUUCCAAUCUUGAGAAAAAUGAUCAAAGAACCUUUCUCAGACACAACUUCAGCCAAAAUGAUAGGCAGAAAAUUGUUGAUUUUUUUGUAUCAAAUUCAAAUUUUGUUAUAAGUAACCAAAGUUUUUGGGAAAAAAUGGCUGAGGGAUUUUCCGUUCACACAUGGCAAAGUUUAAAAAAUCAUUUCAGACUUAAGAUAUAUCCAUACCUGAAGGAUUACAAAUUGUCUGAUGAGCUUGUAGAGAAUAUCAGAACCCAAAUGGAGACUAAAAGGAGAUGUCAUGUUCAAGGAAUGAAGGUGAAUGAAAACCUUCAGAGUGAUUCUGAUUCUGAUUUGGAUUUAAGUCGACCUCAAAAAAAAAGAAGAUCUAAAACAAUUGUAGUUUCGGAUGGAGAAUCUUCUGAUGCAUCAAUUGAAAUGGAUGAGCAAUAUUCAUUUUGUUCCACAGAAAGAGCCAAGUUAGGUAAAAAUGGAACUUGUCAGCCUGAUGAAUCGUCAGAGGAUGUCAUGGAAGAAAUCCCAUCUCAAGAAGAGGAACAUGAGACUGAAAAUUUUAAUGGGUCUUGUCUGCAAAAAGGAUUGUCAGAAAAUAGUAAUUCUGACUCAGAAGAAUGGAGUUCUCAAACUUGUAAAUCACCCUCAAGUUCCAAGAAAAAAAUCCAAUCCCAAGAAGAGGAACUUGGAUCUGAAAUGAAAUCAAUGCAGGACAUUAGUAUUCAGUGUGAUUGUGAUGAGGCUACUGUUACUGAUAGUUUUGCACAGACAGAAGCAGUAGAAGUAUUACCUCUACCUGAUGGUUGGGAUUAUCCUACUACCUUUGCUGAUGCCCUUGAAUUGAUGAGGUCCGCAGUCGCAGUAAUGAUUACUUCAAAGGAAGAUGUUCAGAGAUCCUCACCUGAUACUCAAGUGACUGCAGCUGAAAAAGUUAAUCCAUCCCCAACAAGAAGAACCAAGCAUAACCCUUCAAAAGAAAAUUCUGUGAGACGAUCCCCUAGGCAGCAACCCAAGAAAACACGGUCGGGCUCAUCUUUUUAAAUUCAAUAGUUUUCUGUAUCAUUCUGUGCCUCUGUGUCAAAUACAUUAUUUUAACAAACUUU